AACCCUUUAUCUCUUACUGCGUUCUGUCUGACUGCGUUGCUUGACAAUUUAAAAACAGUUUUUCGUUGAGUCGGACGUGUCGCGCGCAUAAGCAUUGUGAAAUAUCAAAAAAGGAAACUAAAAAUCAAACAAAAUGGAUUGCGGAACGUCUAUGGCUAAAUAUAUACUCUUCAUAUUCAAUACGAUCGUGUCGAUUAUCGGCAUUUUGGGUAUUGUAUUUGGCGUAUUGAUCCUGAAUAGCAUUGGCACCAUUGAGGUAAAUGGACAGGUCGGUUUCCCACCCCAGGCACUUCUACCAAUUGUAUUGAUUACAAUUGGCUCGAUUGUGGUGUUUAUAUCGUUCCUGGGAUGCUGUGGUGCCAUCCGCGAAUCCGUCUGCAUGACUAUGAGCUAUGCUGUUUGCCUGCUGGUUCUGCUGAUUCUGCAAUUGACGAUCGUUGUGCUAUUGUUCACCCAUAAGGAUAAGUUCAACAUGGCCAUGGGUGAAGUUAUUGAUAAGGCCUGGGAGUCCCGUGAGUCACGUAAAGGAGGUGUCUUUGAUGCCAUACAGACAACGCUUAAAUGCUGUGGUCGCAGUGGUGCUACCGAUUAUGCAAGUGAAUUUCUCAGUGGAGGUUUGCCAGCCAGCUGUUGUGAUGGCAGCUGCUUGAAUAUAUCAAACAUUUAUGGUGGUUGCCACGACAAGUUUAUAAGCGUCAUGUCCGGUAGAUCUGAGUAUGCUAAGUAUGCUGGAAUUGGCCUGAUUGUCGUUGAGCUCGUUGGAUUCAUUUUCGCCUGCUGUUUGGCCAACAAUGUGCGCAACUACAAGCGCCGCAAUGGCUACUAAACAAUUGCCAUCAAACAUAAAAGCCCAUAAACAACAUAACGCACACAAACACGCAUACACACACACAACACACAUACAUUCGCAUUAAUUCUUUUUUAAUAUGUAUUGUCGUAGAACGCACAGAAAGAUAUAUGAAAAAUGUUAAGAAUAUAAUUGAAGCAAACCAUUUGGUUGGAAAAUUGAACAUUUAAGUUAUUUGUUUAAAAAACGAUUUGAAUUGAAACAACAACAAAGAAAAGAAUUAACGAGAAAUACCUAGUAUAAGACGCUUAAAUGUUGUUUAACCAUCGCUUUAGUAUCUAAUUGCUCUUAAUCUUAACUCACACGAUAAUAACGAAUCCAAAGUCGUUGUACAAAGCUAAAAAUUAAAAAAAAAAAAAUACAACAAUACCAAUAUACAGACACUGUUAAAGGCAAAGUUACAAUUUGAUGAGAGCAAGAUUCGCUAUACACACAGACUAUGUAAAUGUAAAUUUAUACCAGUUGAAAAAAAUAUAAACAAGUGUCCAAAAGAAUAUAUUUUAAUAUCUAUACAUAUAUAUAUACAGAUAUGUAAGGAUUCAUAUAUGUAUACAUAGAAAGUUGUUCAUCAUUAUAUUUUUAAAUUGAAAUCUCUUGAAGUUUAAAUAACACACAAAUUCAAUAUUGUUAACAGACAAACUCGAAUUGCAUACAACUUAAAUGAAUAAAGCAUUUAAAACGUAUUUAUAUACAUAUAUACAAUA